AUGUUACUGAGGAGUCAUCGCUAUGUCUGUGGAAGUUUCCAGCAGACACGGUUAUUCUUUGCUCGACAUGUCUACGAGCCUCGUCUUGUAGUGAGGUAUCCAGAAGGACAAAGCAGUAAGUAUACUUAUAUACUUGCAUGGCCCGUCCUCACUGAAUCGCCAUUUGUUGAUCUACGAAAGCCUGUAGUCUUGCUGAUUGGAUGGGCUGGUGCAGAACAUGAACACUUGGCGAAAUAUAGCGCUAUUUACACAGAUCAAGGCUACCGGACAGUGUCCUUCAUUGCUCCUUGUUAUCACUAUACUAUACCCAAUGCUCGUAAUGGCUUCUACUUAUCACCGAUUUUCAGAGGAAUCAGUGCAAAGCCUGGAAAUUUUGAAAGCUUUAAAGAUUGUGCAUUAGUCUGUCACGUAUUCUCAAUGAAUGGGGUCCGGACGUUGAUUUCGUUGUGGAAAUGGACAGAGGCCGAACAAAUGUUGCAUUUGCGGCAACGACUGAAGGGUAUCAUUUUCGACAGUGCUCCAUCUCGAACAUCUGCUGGUCCUGACUCAUAUGCCGUUGUGUCCUCAACACCACCCAUAGAGGGAUUACAAUGGAUUAAAACUGAGACUAGACGGAAAUUUAUUAUGACUGCUUUCAAUAUCAGGAAAGCAUUGGCUAAUUCGUUAUCUGCAAUAUAUCCUCCCAUUCGCUCUCAGCUUUCUAUGUAUUACUACCUAAGGGAUUGCGUGGAUCUUCCUAAUCUACAGUUGUAUCUAUAUUCACGUGAGGAUAAAAUGAUUAAUCAUAAGUAUGUAAAGAAGUUCUUGGAACAUCAACAAGAACUGGGUCGUGAUGUUGAAGAAGUGUUGUUUGGAAAUUCAGAACAUGUCCAGCACUUCCGCUCGCAUCCUUUACAGUAUCGUUCUGCUUGCAUUAAUUUCCUACAAAAGUUGGAAAAGUCCUCAUUAUGA